AUGCUAUUCCAGUCCUUGAUCUCACUAUCCCUUCUUCUCUUCACAUCUGCCACCCCCACCCCAUUAUUUGACAAGAGGGACGAAUCGAUAGUCAAGAUCAUGACCACUUCCUAUACACGUAUCUCCCACGUAAACGAUCUGAAAAACGUAGCUCUGAACGGUUUAGAAUCGGUAUUUGACUUUACGCGAAAUUCUCCACCGGGUUCGCAGGAAAGUGAGACAAGCGACAAGCAAGAGUUUAAUUGGGACGUUUUUGAAAAUGGAUCUAAUUUUGGGAAGCAACUGUAUCAUUUAAAGUGCUGCGUCGAGGUCAGUAAGGAUUUCCGAGGUACAGCGAAAUACAAUCUCAACCUUGGCCCUCCUCAUGUCACACUUAUCAGUGGCACAUUGGAUGCUCAAACGGAUAUUGAGAUUAUCUGUCCGAAAGCAGAUGCACAAUGUUCGCUCCCUGAGGGAGAUAAGGGGUGUGAUGACAUACCUGGAUGGGACGGUAAAGGUGAGUGA